AAUACAUAUUUUACUGUAUUAGUAGUAGUUAGCCAAAGCCAAAAGAUUUAUUUUUUAGUGUGUAAUACUUGCGUAAACCAAAAAGAUAUAGAUAAUACUUUUAAGGUCUAUAGAACAAUAGCCACAAUUUUUCUUUAUAUAACUGCAUUAUUCCGUGAUUUUGGUAUAAUUCUAUAUAUUUAGAUCACAACAAACCUACUCAUUUAACAUCGCAAUUAUUAACGUUUGUUUAAAGAUGGAUAAGCAAGGAGCAUCGAAUUGACAACCUUCUUCGAGUUUUAGUAACGUCUACUUAAGAUAUAAUGCAGAUAGAUGUAAGGUUUGCGUAUAUUUUUGGAAUAUUAUUAAAAUACCAAAGUAAAUCUUACGUCCAUCAAAUUCCGGUAUACGUAGACCAUUACAAGGCGCAUGCGCGCCAUUUACACAUGCGCCAGAAACGUCACGACUAUUUUAGUAGGCAGCUCCCAUUCGGGUCGGCACAUCGCACCGCGCUUACAAAAACCUAACUCAAUCAACCAAACGUGCAAAUAAACCAAAAACAAAACAAUAAAAUAUAUUUAUAAAAAACGGUUAAACAUGAAAGUAACUAAUCAAUGGAUUAAAGAACCUAAACUAUAUUAACAUACGUGUUAAAAUGCGGCAAUGCGCCACAUCGAUCACAGAAUUCCCUGAUGCCAAAACUUUGUAGUGUCAAAUAUUUACAAUGGAGCCUCUUAUCGAUAGGAAUAACUUCGCUGUGAGUGCUAUGGUUACUGUCGCGAUGCAAGUCUUAUUCUUCACAAUCGCAUCGCUCUCGCAGAGUGAUAAGGUGACAGAUUUUACAGGUGGUGCCAAUUUUAUUAUUAUCGCUCUAUUGACUUUCUUUCUGGGACAAGGGGGCAACACUUUGAAAAGCUAUGACAGCAGACAACUCAUGGUCACGGCGUUCGUAUGUUUGUGGGGUAUAAGACUAUCCGGGUAUCUUAUAUACAGGAUCUACCACAUAGGGCGAGAUAAACAAUUCGAAGAUCGCAAGAGUAACACACUGAGGUUUGCCGUUUUUUAUACAUUUCAAGCUGUUUGGGUGUACAUAGUCAGCCUUCCAGUUAUUAUCAUCAAUUCUUCACAUCAUUCGUAUCCAAAAGCUCCAAAAACAAUGACAACUUUGGAUUCAGCGGGAGCUGGGGUUUUUGUUUGUGGAUUGUUGAUUGAGACCUAUGCAGAUUUACAGAAAUUCGCUUUUAGGCAGGAACCGGCCAAUCAAGGGAAAUGGUGUAACGAUGGAUUAUGGGGUUUGUCUCGACAUCCAAAUUAUUUUGGCGAAGUAGUUUUGUGGUGGGGUAUAUUUAUAAUAUCGCUCAACAUUAUUGAAGGUAUCGAAUUCAUUGCAAUAUUAUCACCACUGUUCACGACCGCCAUUAUUUUAUUCUUAUCAGGGAUACCGCUCCUCGAACGAUCCGCGGACGAAAAGUACAGAGAUAACCCAGAUUAUUUAUACUACAAGUCGUCUACGUCCCCUUUUAUACCGAUACCGCCGUCAUUUUAUGUGGAAGUGCCAAAAUUCCUUAAGUGUUUUAUUUGUUGUGAGUUUCCGAUAUACGACUACACAAGGGAGGAGUUUGCGGCGCCCACUAUCAUCACCGAGACCACCAGCAUAUCGAUGGUACAGUCCCAGACAUAGCUACCGGGCGCCGCGCGUGAUGGCGCUGCGGCCAAAUCUUUAAGUAACGGAAAAGCCCAAAACGCACCCAAACAAUUGUGAUACUCGGCUGAGGAGCGUCCUCCAGUUAAAUUGCCAAACUCGUUGCCAUUAAAACAAAAUAAUACAUUGGA